CAGCAGCACAUACCAUUCCGGGAAAGUAAACUAACUCACUUACUUCAAGGCUUCUUCAAUGGAAGAGGGAAGGUACAUAUGAUUGUCAACAUAAGCCAGUGUGCUUCUGCCUAUGAUGAAACCCUCAGUGUACUGAAGUUCUCAGCAGUUGCACAAAAAAUUUUAGUUCUAGACACUUAUAAUCCUCCCCAAGAGCAGUCAUUUGGCCAGAAGUCUGUCAGAGAAGUGCCAUUUGUAAGUGAUAACAAUACUAAAAUGCAAGUAGCAAGAAAAAGAGCCACUAUACUCUGGGACAGGAGCCUGGAAGAUGUGAUGGAGGUUGAUGAUUGCAUUAUGCAUGACAAUGAGAUGCAGGCAGAACAAGAAAUGGUAAAAGACGUGCCAAAGGCCGAGGAAGAGCAUGAUAAGUCAAUAGAGAUGCCAAAGGAGAAGAUGGAAGACCAUGAAGGAAGUGAGAUAGUUAUUGGAAAAGAAGAGUAUCUGAGACUACUAACCAUAAUAGAAGACUUAAAAAAUAAACUGAUUUCUGAGAGAAAAGACAAAUUGCUCUUGGAAUUAAAAAUUCGUGAAGAAGUUACGCAGGAAUUCACUCAAUAUUUUGCUCAACAGGGAAAUGACUUCCGGGUGGCCCUUAAUCGUGAACGAGAGUUACUAGAGGAAACUUCUGAAAAACGCUUAGAAAUCUACAAGGAUCUUGUAAAUGAAUGUGUCAAAAUACCUGAUGAAGAAGAAAAAAUAAAGGAUACUCCUUAUAAUGAGCAAGCUGCAACUCUGGAGGAGGGCAAUGUAGUUCCAAAAAGUUGUAUUUAUCUUGAGGGCAUUAUUGAUUCUUUGGAAAACGAUGUUACUGAUAUUAAGAAGCAUGCAGAAGAAGUCCACAGCUAUAUUGUAUCCUUACAAGACCCACAGGAAGCCAUAGCAUGGCUUGAAAAACAAUUUAAAGAAGUUACUACUGAGCUAACUAAAACCAAAGAAGAGCUAACACAAAGAACUAAAGAACUUAACAUCCAAGUGGCCAAACUGAGUGAAUAUACUCAACAACUUAAUGAAACCACUGAGAAAAUGACUACAAAGAAUAAACAAAUUCAAGAGCUCAUUCACAUCACGGAGCAAAAAGAUGAUGUUAUAGCAAGACUCCAAGACUUAAUAUCCCAUUUGGAAGCUACCAUGAAAAACUAUGACAGCGACGUAACAACUAUUAAAAAAGAAAUUGCAAAAGAGAACAUCAACAAGAGAAUACAAGACGUCCAGUUAAGUGAACUUGUGGAGAACAUAUUGGAAGUAGGAAGAAAACGCCGUUCUGAAAAUAAGCUUACUCAGGAGGAAGAGCCACCUACAAAGAGAGGAUGCAUUCAAAAUAAGUGUAAAGAUGAUGCACUAGAACAAACCAUGCUUAAAGAACUGAAACAAAACAUUUCUGAAAAAGAUGCAGAAAUGCUAGCAUUAAAGGAAAGAUAUGAGAACCUGGAAUGCCAGUUAACUGCACUUAAAGAAGAACUUAAAAAUGAAAAAACAGAGAAGGAAGGCAUCAGUGAACAAAUGGCAGGCUUGCACCUCCAGCUAUCUAGAAAAGAAGAAAGGGUUUUUGGCUUGAGUGAAGAACUCCAACAAUCUCAGGCUAAUUAUGAGAAAAUAGUUUUUGAAUUGGAAGUACAAAAAGGUAUAAAUAAAGAACAAGAAAAAAAAAUUAAGCAACUGACUAUAGAGAUAGAAACCACUAGCCAAAAUAUCAGAGAGAGAGCAUCACAAAUUAAAACAAUGCAGUCUAAAAUAGAGGAGGUAUGUAAGCUUGAUUUAGAAUCCCACACUCUGGAUGUUGAUCUGGUCAAUCUAAGGGACUUUUUGGAAUAUUCCCCCAAAAAUACACCUGAGAAAACUCAAAUGCAUUCCUUAUGCAUGGAUUUGCAUGUUUCUAAUGCUCCAGAUCUAGGGCAAGAAAGCUCUUUCUAUUGCAGCGUUGAAGGCAUUUGGAAAGAGUGCAGGAAGAUUAUUGAGGUUUCUUCCCAAAAGAGUUGUAAGAUCCAAGAACUGCUUCAGCAGGUUGAAUAUUUACAAAAGCAAGUCAGUGAUGCAGGGAAUGAGAACAGUCAACUAAAACUGAAAUUGAAUGAGAUUACAAAUCAAGGUAAUCUGUUUUUAAAGGAAAAAGACAUCCUUGUUGAUCAAUUACGGGAACAAUUGCAGGAAAAUACCCUUGAUUCUGAAAAACAUAUAGUUGAACACUGCAGAACAAUUAUGCGUCUUGAAAAACAAAUUUCUGACUACAAAACAAAAAUAAAAGAGCUUGAAAGCCUCUUAGAAAUUUAUAGGACAAAAGAUGAUAAUGCAGCCACUUUAAAAAAUAUGCUUAAGAAAAAAGAUUCUGUUAUUUUAAAGAUAGAAAGUAACGUGAGAGAUCUUGAAGAGAAAUGUAAGAAUUCAGAUAAAAAGAUCAAAGAAUUAAAUGAUCAGGAAACAAAACUGAAGGAGGAAGUCUUGCAGUUGAAGGAUAACUUGAAAACAACUGAACAGUCACUUCAAGAAAAAGAGAGAGAAAAUGAAAGAAAAAAAGAAGCUGCAGAACAGUUGAGUAAAGACCUCUCUGAGAGUUCUUCUGUCAUACAGCAUCUAAACAUAGAUCUCCAAAGGAAAGAUGAGGAAUAUGCAGACCUGAAAGAGAAGUUAGCAGAUGCCAAGAAACAAAUUCAGCAAGUACAAAAAGAGGUGUGCACGAUGCGCUCAGAGGAGAACUGUCUGAGGAACAAAGUUAAUGAACUUGAGAAAACUAAAAACCAGUUGGUUGACGAAUUAGACAUCAAACAGCGAACAAUCCAGCAACUUAAGGAGCAGUCGAAUAAUGAGAAGAUGGAAGAAAUUUUGAAGCAAUAUGAUAAUGCAUGUAAAGAUUUGUGUGCAAAAAAGAAAAUAAUUGAAGACAUGAGAUUGACAUUAAAGGAGCAGGAAGAGACUCAGAUGGAGCAGGACCAAGUGCUUGAGGCCAAAUUAGAAGAGAAUGAGAGAUUAGUUUCUGAAUUGGAAGAAUGGAAGCAAAAAUAUAAAGAGCUGGAGAAGCAGAGCAGUGGUAAUAAGCAACAAAUAAUAAGCAAACACGAAGAAGAAAGUAUAGAUGUUAGAGGACAACAAAUAAAGCUGCAAGAAAGACUGAAGGAAUCCGAAGAAAAAUAUAAAGCUGAUAGAAAGAAAUGGUUAGAAGAAAAAAUGGGACUCAUAACUCAAGUAAAAGAAGCUGAGAAUCACCGUAACAGGGAGAUGAGAAGAUUUGCCGAAGACCGAGAACGUUAUGUAAAGCAACAAACAGAAAUGGAAAGGCUUACUGCACAGCUGGCGGAAAAGGAUAACAACCUUCAAAAGUGGCGUGAAGAGAGAGAUCAGCUAGUAAAAGCUUUAGAAGUGCAGCUUAAAACUCUGCCUUUUAGCAAUGUACAGAAAGAUAAAGAAAUGGAAGAACUGAAGCAGACUACAUUAAAAGGUUCAGGGAAGGAGUAUGAAAUCGUAAUAGAGCAAUUAAGAAGAGAAUUGGCUGAGAGAGAGAAUUUGAUAAAUGAGCUAAAGCAAACUACUCGUCAUGAAAAUCCUAAAUCUGCAAGGGUACCAUUGUUACCUAAACAAAGAUUAAGUAAAACGGAUGAAUCCUCCCACAGUCAACAGAAAAAAGAAGAGAAUAACCGGGUAACUGGACAGAGUGUUCCAGUGAAAGAGAAUGAAGUUAAAGGGAAGAGUUUAUUACACUGCCCUAGCAACGCCUCUUCAUUAAAUGAAAUUGAGGACCACUCAGACACUGUCCUGGACUCUUCUGAAGUGUCUACAGAAAAUGGACAAACUAGCAGGUUUCCUAAACCUGAGAUGGAGAUUCAGUUCACACCUCUACAGCCUAACAAGAUGGAAGUGAAACACCAGGGCAGUGCUUUACCAGUGACUGUUAAAAUGUCCAAGACAAGAAAAAAAAGGAAGAGUGAUGAGAUGGAUGAGAGUAAUAUGCUCUCAAGCUGCUGGAAAAACAGAUGUAGAAAUAAACAUACUUCUGAAGGCCUUCAUCAGGACUCUGUGAAACAUGUAAACAAGAAAAAUACCACAUCUAUGACUAAUAAUAGGUUGCCUAUAAGUUCCAAUUCUGCUACAAUCAACAAGAUGAAAAUGGUAUCUAAUUCACAGUCAUUUCGAAAGGAAUACCCUUUAAGAAACCAACAAUCUACUGCAAGUAUGAAAUCUACUAGGAAAAAAGAUGGAACCUUACAAAAGCUUGGAGAUUUCCUUCAAAGUUCUCCUAUAAUUAUUCAUUCAAAAGCAAAGAAGUUGAUUGAAACGAUAAGCUCUCCCAAAUCUGCACAAGUGGAAAAUCACAAAGAAAAUCAGCCCAAGCCAAAACGAACCAAACGAAGGCUUUACUCAGCUGCCAUUUCCUCUCCUUUAGAUAUUCCUGGUCACCUGAUUGUUAUGGAUCAGAAGGAAAAGGAAAGCGAUCACUUAAUCAUGAAGCGACGGCUGCGAACAAAAACUGCUAAAUAGUCUUAUAGAAGCAUGUUCAUAUGAUUUCUCAUCAGAGUAUAUUUCUACUCUGAUGUUAUUGUAUAGCAUAACUAUUCCAAUGACUGUAUACAGAUUUCUUUUUUAAAAAAAAUUAGU